AUGCAAACCCUAGCUAUCCGAACAAUUUUAAGGAAGAGAAAGCGUCGUGGAGGAAGAAGAAGAAGAAGAAGAAGAAGGAGAGAGAAUGAAAAAACCCAAAUCAAAGCAACAUCAGAACUCAAUCUACUAAACCUUCCUGAAGAAAUCCUUAUCGAAAUACUCUCAAGAUUACCUCUCAAAUCACUCCUCCAAUUCAAUCUCGUUUCCAAGAAAUGGCGUUCUUUGAUUCAAUCAGGUUCUGUGAAAAGCGUUGUUCCAAAACACAAGGUUCUCGUUUGUGGAAUGUUUUCUUCUCUUUACUCCAUCGAUGAAGAUUGUUGCGUGAAACGCGUUCCUAAACCAAACCAAAAAAACCCAUCUCAUGGUGAUGUUGAAAUCUUUGGUUCGUGUAAUGGGUUGAUUCUUAUUGGGGUUCACGAUGAUUUGUUCUUAUGGAUUCCGCUCACCAGGUGUUCGAAGAAAGUCCUGGGAUACGAGGACUUGCAUGAUGAGGCCUACUCUAUUGUUUCUGGGCUUUGCUUUGAUUCCUUGAGUAAUGAGUACAAGGCUGUAAUGGCCCUUUCUCAUCUGACUCCUAGUUAUGGUGGUGAAUUUGCUGUGGUUGGUAAUUUCCGAAGCAAAACUUGGACCGAAGUUCACUUCCCAUACCGUUUCUCCAGUGUGAAUUCAGGGCCCGUGCUGAAUGAAAAUCUACAUUGGUUUGCUUCUAAGAAAAGUUCGGAUCACUUCCUCGCACCCCAUGAAAUCGUUUACUUCAAUCCACGAAUGAACAAAUUCAAGAAGAAUGAACAAAUUCAAGAAGUUACCAAUGCCACAGCCUAA